UUGCUCGCGAGUGGUAAUUGGCUGCUCGGGUGGGGCUCGAGUCCGUGGUUAUCCGAGUAUUACCCGAAUGGUACUAUGAUGUACUCCGCAGCUCUUGGUGGUCAGAACCUGAGUGACGGCCCUGUGCAAAAUUAUCGUGCUUUCAAAUCAACUACAUGGCAAGGGUUUCCGAGAGCUGUACCAGACUUAGCGAUUAACGGCACGACUGUCUACGUCAGCUGGAACGGUGCGACGGAGGUCCAGAUGUGGGAAGUCGCAGUCGGCGACAAGAGUGCCCCCCACACCCUCUCAUCCGCCGCCAAUGCGUCCCGAUCGCUAUUCGAGACCUCUCUGACCAUGGAUUCAGAAUCACCUUAUGUACAAGUUCGUGCAUACGGAGGGAAUGGCGCUAUUCUUGGGGCAAGUGCCGUUGUAGAAUCUUCGAGCGGCUCUUCCGCUUUCAAUGGGAAGGUGCACCGUCUCUCUAACCCUGAAGUUAUUGGCGCCUCUGCUCCGACUUGCGGGAAUUAUCAGGUGCAGCAGGUAGUUUCCACGUCACUGGGAGUUCGAACUGUCAUGAACUACAGACUUCUUUGUACUGUGACACUACUCAUGGUCUUCAUUCUCAUUGUAUAGAAUCAUAUAGAACAUGAGUUUAUACUAGUACUCGAUGGACGACA